GUAGACGUUGAUUUGUGUCUCCUGGCUUUAACUAGCGAGGAAGUUGUACAAUUCAGCGAGGAACCAUCACGUAGGAUCUGAGGUCAAAUCCCUGGUCACUGUUUAUAGUUUCAGCUGCUCAGCCCUUCCUAAAUUACAGCUCUUUUAAACUUACCUUGCAGUGCCAAUUUUGAGAAGGGCAUAGGACUAAAGAAAUGGAGCACAGUGCUAACGCAGAAAGCAUCUAGGAAGGAAGGAAGGAAACAUUUUUGAAAGUAGCAAUGUAGAUUCUAACAACUCUCUCUUCUGUACCCUCAUUUGUUCACCUUACAGUUGAGGAGGUCUUUGAAUUAAAGCAUCCCAUGCCUCACUUCUCUUGGGCUUGAAUCUGUAUAAUGGGAACAGAUGUUGGAAGGAACAACAGACAAUUUUAAAGCAUUAUGAAAUUAAAAUGUGAAUUUUUAUGCAUCUAGGGGGCCAAAAUAAGUCAUAUGGCAAUGAAAACCCAGCAAUUAACAAACAUACAUGCAGUGCUCAGUGAAAGACAUAGUCUGGGACCUCAGGCAACUCACAACACUCAUGGAACAAAGAGUAGACAGUGGAUGAGGAGGGGUCAAGUGGCGCGAUGCAGAGACAGGGCAGUUGAGCUGGGCCCUGAAGGAUGGGCAGAUGGAGGUGGGUGAGGGGGAGAGGGAAGGUGUCAUUAGACACCCUGAAUUCAUCUUUAUUAUUUAAAAAAAAACAACCACAAAAUACAAUCCUUAGCUUCAUCCCCUUUCUUCCUCAGACCCUAAUGUCAUUUACAUCUCUCCUCUUCUCUUACCUGCCCUAUUCCUGUGAAACAGGGCAAAUAUGUAGCUAUUCAUAUAAAGAGGAAUUUGAGAAGUGAAGUGAUUAGGUCACAUGACACUUCAUACUCAGCAAUAGUGGUAGGACAAGAUAGUGGUAGGACAAGCUACUCCACUCAGCUUGACUAGAUAGCUAUACCACUUUUUCCUGAAGGUUUUGGGUAGUUCUUUUAAGAGAAAGAAAAAAAAAUUUCCCCUAAUGGACUUCAUGGGAAUUAGCAUCAAAAGCAAAGUUAAAUAAAAAGUCACUUGGGAUUUUCAAAAGCCUCUAUCCUUGGCUAAAAAUGGCUGGAGAUUUGAACCACAUUAUAGGGAAAAAAUAAAUUUCCUGUGCUCAAAACCUUAAUGUAUUUUCAACCUACAUGUCACUUUAAUAGCUUGGUUAUAUAAUUGCUGUAGUGAUAAUUAGGUUAACACAUUGUACUUCUUAUCUGAGGAUCAUGGUAGGCUUUGAUUUUUCAGCCAUUCAUCUCUAUUAGGAAGUACGGAAUGGCCACACUUAAGAAGAAAGGUCUAGCUGAUGAAUCAGAAAAUUAAAUGACUCAUUCCCGGUGUCAGUCAACUCUUUGACAGAAUGAAAUGCUGAAUCCAACAGGUCUGGUUUUUAAGCCUCAAAAUGUCUUCACUCAGUCUGAAAGUAGUGCUUGCCCUAAGGAUUCUGAUCUGCAUGUACUGGAUCAGAUAUCUUCUGAUCCUAGUGACCAUGAGCUCUUUGGGAGGGAUCAGUUACCACAGUGAGUCAAGUAGAUUCAUGUGCUUUAUUUUAACAGAAACCAAAGCUUUGGCUCUCUUAAUCCUCACUCUUUUUUCAAGUUGUAUUUGUUCAGAAAAAGGACAGACAUUCAGGCACAUGGGGCUGUCAUGCCCAGGGAGAUUCCCUCUGAAGUAGAGAAUUUGAUUCCUGCCAAGAUCCAUCUCAGACAACCCCACCCUCAAGCUUACCACGUCCAUUUCUCUUCCUUUCACCCCACCUGUUGCUGCCUUCUCUGGGACCGAAUGUUUCGCCCGCAACUGUGUCCUCCCAGCUGUUGCUGUUCAGCUGUUGUAGUUUGUCAAGUGGUAAUUUCUCCUUUUUCUAAAAUUUAACACCAUGUGACAGUAAGAUAAGAACUUCUGACCAAUUGGGGAAAGCAUGUCGUCGGGGUGGGGGCAGUGAGGUGCGGACUGGGAAGGAAUGAAAACCUCAUUCUGAUAAGUGUAAAUUUUGUUCCUGCCGCCAGGCUGGCACCAGAUAAGGGCACUUGGUAUAGUUUGACAAAUCUCGGCAUCUUCAAGAGGGCACUGGGACAUUUCUUCAAAGGAUUUUUUUUUUUCUGAGUGCCUGCCAUGUGCAAAUCACAGUGCUAAACAGGGAAGCCUUUUUCUUCUCCCCACCCCUUCCCCAGACAUCUCCUUCCCAAUUUUCACAUCCUGUUGACUCCCUUCAUAGUGGACAGUCUUCCAUCCUCACCCUCCUCUUCCUGGUAAUGUCUGGAAAGGAAUCCCGGGGCUCACUGCGAAGACAGCUGUUGCUAGUUCAGAAAUCGGCCUUGGUCAAGGCAAGUCAAACGUGAUUUCUCUGGCAGAUGAGCAACCCACGGCUCCUCUCUUCACUUUGGUAGCCACCUGCCUCCUCAGACACGCAGCUGGAGAGGAAGUUUCUGCUAUUGUCUGGCUCCCAUUUGAGAGAGAGGAGGAGAAAAGAGAGAAAGAGAAAGCUGAGAAAGAAAGAAAAAGGCCUGCAAUCUUGGUACAAUGGAGAAAGGAGAAAAAGGGAAGGGCAAGUUAGAGAGGGAAGUGAUGAGAUGGUUGGGCUCUGGGUGUGAGAGAUCCACAGUGCUAACAUUUCAUUCCCUUGGAUUGGGAGCUGCAGACCAAGCUGGUGCAGUCACUCCUUUGCGAGUGAGAAGGUAUGUAUCCAAGGAACUGUCUUCAGCUUGAAGGCCUCUUCACAAGGGAGAUAAAUUCACCAUGAUGCAUUUUGGCUCUAUGAAAAACAGCUUCAGAAAAACACAAGAUUGCAAAAAAUAAAAAUAAAUAGAAACCAGUAGAAGCUAUUCUCAAGCAACGGUGACUACUUACUAUUCCCUGAAAAAAUGUAAAAUGAGCUUAAUAACGAUUUCAUCUUUAUUGGCAUUUACUUUUACUUAAAUCGCCUUAGAAAUGUGAUAAUGUCACCGUUCCAGAAGUUAUCAAGAUGGAGGGAAAAUAAGUGAUCAUUUUAAACUUAUAAUUGGCGAUAUAAAUAUUUAUUGUUUAAGUGAUGUCAUUACGGAACAAAGAAGAGAUAGGCUUACAAUGUAUCACUUAAGGAUAUGUUUGGGGUUUUUUGUUAACACAUUAAAAAAUGUUUAUUUUUGCAAGUUGCUAAUGAAACUGCAGUAAGCCAAGAACAAACACAUGGUCACAAAGUCAGAUACUCUCUCAGGUACUUAAAAUUCAUGUGGAUUUCAAAUGUAUUGCCUGGCAAUGAUGGGAAAUCCCCUCACAGGGCCUGUAUUGCUUUUUCCAAAUGGCUGUGAGCACACUGGACUUGUUUUUUGUUUCUUUGCUGUUGCUGUUAACUAAAACAGCUAUGCUAAUAAAAUUUGAAUUUGCAAAUGUGAUAGGGGAAAGAUGUUUUGCAUCCUGGUUUGUCAUGAUGAGCCAGAAAUGAGAAGGAAAAAGAAAUCCUUCAGUAAAGGUGGCUUUUUGAGUUGACUGAACAAUGCUAGUACAUCUUUGUUUUAUAGUUGAAGGGCUGAUAGCUACUGCCUUUUAAGUGAUGCUACCAUGGGAAGUUAUGUAUAGGAAUAAUAAGAAAUGGAAAUGUCACAAGAUAUACAGGGUCGCCUGCAGGAGCAGAAAAUUAACUGUUGGGUUAUAAAUAUGGGUCACGAUAUAUUGAGCACCAGUCCCUAAAUUAUAGUAGCAACUUUGUGCAAAAAUAUUGAAAGACCUCAAGUCAGUGGACUGUAUUCUGGUUCAUUGAUUGAGUGAGGUGGCAGGAAAAGGGUUUGUAUUCUAAUUCAAGCAGUUUGUACUCUGUGUACAAAUGCAUUUAUUAGCACUGUUUCCAUUGAGUGUUUUUUUUUUUUAAUGCCAGUGAUAAUUCAGUUCUCAGACAAUGACCCGUGGACAAAACUCUGUAUGAGAUGAGGUUCGAAGAGGGAAGUGGAGCUGAAACUGCACAGUGCUUUCCCUUGCCUGGGAAGGCCUCAUAUAAAAUGAGGUCAUUCAGAAACUUUCCCUUGAAGUGCUUCCAAUUCUUGAAUUGCCUUUUGUUUGGGAAAUGAAUAGCAAGUUGAUUAAAAAAAGGAGACAAUUAGGGAAGGUAGGGGGAUGGGGCUAAGAAGAGCUUAAGGUUUUUCUACAAUGCAGCUAAAAACUACGAGGAAACUUCAUUGUUCAGGACAGCCUGGUCCCCAGUGAUGGCAACACAGGGUGGUGUCACCAAGCGGUUCAUAUCCACGGGUGGGGCCAGCUGAUGGCGUCGUCCCCUCCACUGCUGUCGAUAAGAUCCUUGGCUAUAAAAUAGCUUCAUUGAACCCGAGUGUUCAACAGCGGCCCCAUAGAGCUGUCUGCCAAAUAACUCCAACUGCCAAAACAUGAUACCUGAUGGCUCGUUACUGCAUGAAAAUUAAAAAAGGGGCCCUGUUGAGUUGUUUUUAGAUUUUUUUUCUUCUUUCCAAAGCAGUGAAAUGAGAAAUUGAAGCUUUUCAUCGGGUGGUAUUUGGUUGAGUGUUCUUGUUUUGUUUUCUCAAGAGCUUUUGAAAUUUGUAUUUUUACAAAUGGCUUUUGUGUAUGUGCUGUGAUCAUGGAAACCGACUCGAUAUUAGAAAUGAAAGCUACAAAUGGAAGAUUGUUGUGAAUAACCUAUGGUGGGGGGUGAUGUGAGUAUUUAGUUUCCCUCUGGUACCUACAUCAAGUGCCUAUGCAGUCACUACAUUAUUUAUGUAUUUGGCAGCCAAAGCAUUUCAACUCAGAUGCACCCCAUAAGCGCUCCUCGGUUCACAUCACCAUAUCCCAUGUAGAGUGAGUUUUCUUUUAUAUUUGACCCUGGUUUUGCUUAUAUCUUUAAACUGCAAAAGCAAAUGUGCUUUGAAAACUAUGUUACACAGUAGUUAAAUAAGGCAGUAACCUAUGCACUUGGAAUUCUCUCUCUAUGACCUACUUACAUACUACUUCACCCUCCUCAUAGUAUGAUUAAAAGCUGCUUUGAAUCCACUAUUGCCUCAAGGGAUUUGAGGCUAGAAUUUAACAAACUGCUGAGAAGGCUUAAGUCAGUAAGAGAGCUUCCUUACAGCUUCUUCCAACUAAUUCACAUGCAAUUAAAGAGAAAAUAAGUAUUUUAGAAGUGUGCAUGUUAAUGAAACAUGUUCUACCUUAUAGAAUGUAGACAUAUAUGGACCUUUAUGCUAUGGCUGAUUGGAAAAUAUUUUUCAUUUUGAUUAAUGCAGUUGUGUUUUGCUUCUGUUUUGGAGGCCAAUGCUGCUUUCUUAAAAUAAUUUUUAUGUAGUCAGCUCAUUAUAUACAUUAGAUAUUUAUGCAAAUAACAUAUGUAAAACCAAGAACUGCCAAGGUUUGUCUUCAUUUAUCCACCUAAUUAUUAAGAUAAUUGAAAGACCAAUCAAAAUCCUGUAAUUUCAAAGGCAGAACAGUAGCUGGGGAAUAAAUGUAGCUUAGUAGUCUGAGGACAAGUUUGGCCCUUUGGGAGUAUAAGAAUUCACUUGAUUGCAACCAUUCCUCAGUUCCUUAGGAGCCCAGACCUGGUUCCUCCAGUAAGGCGGUAUUUAAAAAAUUAAGGUUAGUUUAGCCCUACAUCUAACGAUCUUGGAAAUAGAAGGUCAAAAGCCAGAUAUAUUGUUCAGCUGAAGAAGGCAACCAAGUCCAUUAAGCAUGUGUGGACUUAAUUGAAUAUCCCAGGUCUGAUACUUUAUAUUGCUCAAUGCAUCAAACCUGGAUUUAAAAUUGAUAUGUAAGUGUCCAUUUGCCUUUAUAACCUCUAAAGAUAGUUAGCUGUCAUCACACAAGAAACUGGUGAGAAAUAAUUAAAAUCAUAUUUUCUCUAUAUCAUGUCUGAUACAUUUAACUAUUUGUAACUUGGUUGUUUAACCCACUGGUUUGUGUGAUGGUAUCCUCAGGCAUAAUUUGUGAGGAGAAAGCCCACCUUCCUAGCACAGUUCUGAUUUUUAGAAAGACAAAGACCGAAAAUUACAUACUUCAAACAAAACCAUAACGUGUGUGUGCGUGUAUGUUUGUAUGGGUAUAUGGAUGUAUAGCUGUAUGGACACAUACAUUACCCUAAAAGUUUAAGAUGUCAUUACAAAAUCAAGUGAAGGUUUCUCUAAGAGGUAAACUAUAAAGUUUUGGUACGCAAUUUAUGAUGUUGAUUCAGAAUGUGAAAUAUGCCAUGAAGUCUUACAUACUUGUGACUACAAUUGAAAAGUUUGCCACCCAAAUAACAGUGAGAACGAUCAAUUAGAAUGUCACCUUAGAAACGAAUUAGUUUUCCAGAACUUAUGCAAAUCACUUAAAAAUUAAACUCGCCAGCUUCUCUGUUUUUUUCUGAGUUUGGCCAUUUUUCUCAAUUCUUGUUAGUAAAUCAGUCACAAAUCUUAAGUGGGUAUUUAAGCUUCAUGGCCCUUACAUUACAGACCUAACACUCGUGAAUUCAUUCAGCUGGUUUCUAAUUAUUGUGUUAAAUACUAGGAAAUGGCAGACUCAUGAUUAUCGUUUGAGUAGAAAACGUGAUUUAUGGCUUUAUUUUCAGCCGCUUAUACUUCUCAGUGUUUGCAAGAUGACAGAAAAGGCAGUGCCAUCGUGCAGAGACAGGUUUGUCUUCCCUAGGGCACUGCGAUACGUCCCUAAAUGUCACUUGGGUCAUAUAUCUGAUCUUUACUUCGCCUAAACCUCCUAUACCCUUUCGGUGAUCGCCGUUAGUUCCUGCCUGGGCAAGCACACCACACCGAGGAGCAUGGAAGAGAACCCUCGGGCUGCUCGCCUCCCGCGGCUGGGCUCUGGGAGCGCGGCUCGGGUCUGGAAGUGGAGCGGGCUUUGGCGCCCGGGGGGCCCUAAACCUACCCCGAGCGGCCCCGGCGGCCUCUUGCCAGGGACCCCCGGGCGGGGGAGCAGAGCCGGGCAGGGGAGCAGAGCCGGGCAGGGGAGCAGAGCCAGGCGGGGAGCGGGUUUGCCUUCGGGGGCCCGGGGGACCCUGAGAAGUCUGGCCGUGCCCCGGCGGUGAGCACGGCGGCGGCCCGCCCUGGGUCCCUGCGGGGCGGAGCCGGGUUCAGGGCCGCGCUCUGGGCCGACGGACCCGCAGGGGUUAAGCGGCGGCGGGCGCCCCACGAGCUCCGCCCCCGCCCGCCGCACCUGGCGCUCGGCAGCCGGCCGCCCCGGCGCUGGAUUUCGGAGGGGAUUGGCGGAGCGCGAGGAGAGAAUGUGACAAGUGCCGGCUCGGCGGCCGCCGGGGGAGGCCGCGCGCACCUGUCCCUGCCCGUCUCGCGCCGCCCGCGGCCGCUCGGACGCGCGCAGAGCCGCCCCCCGCCGCUGCCGCCGCGUGCGCCCGCGAACAUGACUUCUGCCUUCAAGCUGGAUUUCCUCCCGGACAUGAUGGUCGAGGGCCGCCUGCUCGUUCCUGACAGAAUUAACGGCACAGCCAACAAGAUGAACGGAGCUUUGGAUCACUCAGACCAACCAGACCCAGAUGCCAUUAAGAUGUUUGUCGGACAGAUCCCCAGGUCGUGGUCAGAAAAGGAGCUGAAAGAACUUUUUGAGCCUUACGGAGCCGUCUACCAGAUCAACGUCCUCCGGGACCGGAGUCAGAACCCUCCGCAGAGUAAAGGUUGUUGUUUCGUAACAUUUUAUACAAGAAAAGCUGCACUUGAGGCCCAGAAUGCACUGCACAAUAUUAAAACUUUACCUGGGAUGCAUCAUCCCAUUCAGAUGAAACCUGCAGAUAGUGAAAAGUCAAACGCCGUGGAAGACAGAAAAUUGUUCAUAGGAAUGGUUUCGAAGAAAUGUAAUGAGAACGACAUCAGGGUGAUGUUCUCUCCAUUUGGCCAGAUAGAAGAAUGCCGGAUCCUCCGGGGACCCGAUGGGCUGAGUCGAGGCUGUGCGUUUGUCACAUUUUCUACAAGGGCAAUGGCACAGAAUGCAAUCAAAGCCAUGCAUCAGUCUCAGACCAUGGAGGGCUGCUCUUCACCUAUCGUGGUGAAGUUUGCUGACACUCAGAAGGACAAAGAGCAAAGGCGCCUCCAGCAGCAGCUCGCUCAGCAGAUGCAGCAGCUCAACACUGCCACCUGGGGGAACCUGACGGGGCUGGGCGGACUGACCCCGCAGUAUCUGGCGCUCCUGCAGCAGGCCACCUCCUCCAGCAACCUGGGUGCGUUCAGCGGCAUUCAACAAAUGGCAGGCAUGAAUGCUUUACAGUUGCAGAACCUGGCGACGCUGGCUGCUGCUGCAGCUGCGGCCCAGACCUCAGCCACCAGCACCAAUGCAAACCCUCUCUCUACCACGAGCAGUGCCCUGGGAGCCCUCACAAGUCCCGUGGCUGCUUCAACCCCCAACUCCACCGCUGGUGCAGCCAUGAACUCCUUGACCUCUCUUGGGACUCUGCAAGGACUGGCUGGAGCCACUGUUGGACUGAAUAAUAUUAAUGCACUAGCAGUUGCUCAAAUGCUCUCAGGUAUGGCGGCUCUGAAUGGAGGACUUGGCGCCACAGGCUUGACGAAUGGCACGGCUGGCACCAUGGACGCCCUCACCCAGGCCUACUCAGGAAUUCAGCAGUACGCAGCCGCCGCGCUGCCCACUCUGUACAGCCAGAGCCUGCUGCAGCAGCAGAGCGCUGCAGGCAGCCAGAAGGAAGGUCCAGAGGGGGCAAACCUCUUUAUUUACCACCUUCCACAGGAAUUUGGAGACCAGGACAUUCUGCAGAUGUUCAUGCCUUUUGGAAAUGUUAUCUCUGCUAAAGUCUUCAUUGACAAACAGACCAAUCUGAGCAAGUGCUUUGGUUUUGUUAGCUACGACAAUCCAGUCUCUGCACAAGCUGCUAUCCAGGCUAUGAAUGGCUUUCAGAUCGGCAUGAAACGCUUGAAGGUGCAGCUGAAGCGUUCCAAAAACGACAGCAAACCUUACUGAUCCUAACCCCAGAGGCUCCCUGCUCUCAUUUUAGCUUUCUUAGGGUAAGUCCCACGAGCCAGCCUGUCUCAACAGGGAAGGCAGAGGAGGACCACAUUGCCAACUUUCACCAAGAGAGACGGUUAUUUUUACAGUAAGGCCUCCAUGUCCCCACCCACUUCCCCUACCCAGUUUGCCAUAAUUAAAACUUGGGCUACCUUGUUUCUAUUGAGUAAAUUCCUCCUCCAGUUGUGCCACUGUAUUCUCCUUUGUUUUGCAAUUUGAAUCUCCUUUUACCUUUUUUUUAAAUUUUUUUCAUUUUUGCUUUUUUAAAGAGGAGCAUAUACACAAAUAAACGGCAUCUUGAGAAUUUAAAAGGCAAACAAACGCUAAUGUGCAAUUCUAACUCUGAAACCACUGGUGCCCCGAGAGCACUGCCUGGAGAAUUCACCCCUCCUUGCCCGGCGCCCACCCCCGGAGGGAGGGCCCGGUGCUUAGAGGUUAACGUGGUGGCCUAGGAGAGGGAGAAGCCAGGAGAAGCACUUACUCCAACCACACGUCUUUCCACUACAUCGGCUUGUUUUACUAAGUAGGAUUUUAUUUUAGGGUUCAAAGAAACAUGACAUUUAUUGGUCAAAUUAUUACACUGGUUGUCUAUUUUGUUAUUGUUUUAUUUUAGUUUUAGUUUUUAGAAAGGAUUAAUGUACAAAAAGAUUUAGAGAUCUGUUUCUUAAAGCUACAGGGUUUAAAAAAUAAAAAUGAGUGAAAAUACUUGAUGUUUCUUGAAAGAUAAAUUUAAUAAUAAUAAAUAAAUACAUAAAUACAUAAAUAAAAAAGAAAGCCACAGGCCUGUAAAUUUUAUUUGUAAAAAAGCAUUUCUAUUUUUAUACAAAAUUUUUACUGCCUCAGAAAUAAUGGAAGUUAUUUAUUGCCUAUUGUUAACUUAUUGGGUACCUAAAGAGCAGUUCUCUGUCUAGCUAGAACCUUCUGAAGUAGUCUCUAGAGGAAUUGUUCUAGGAAUGGGCUUUUUUUCACCGUUGAACCCUAGACCUAAAGUUCAUGCUUUAUCCUCUUGUUGUUUGUAUCUGUCUGAUUAUUUUGUUUGUAACUUCCAUUAUCUAGUUUACAGUUCAGUCGUCUGACUUUCCCCAUAUGUCACAUUUGUUGAAACUGGACCUUCUCCCCCUGUCCCUCACCCCAAAACACCCGGAAUCCAUCCCCCUUCACUCUCUCCAGAUGGAUUCUCUUGGGGUUUCAUUGUGCUGUGGAUAAAGAGUGUAAGAAAUGCAAAUUAUGUGAAUGGCUCGGAGACUCCCUAAUGACCUAAGAUUUGCAUUAGUUUUUCUCCUGCACCCUUAAAAGUGAUUUUGUUGCUGCUGCAUAGAUUCUGUGUAACUUUUUUACUCUUCCUUGUUUUUUCCCUAGACAUCUUCAUGCCCGUUAGUUCAUCGUUUGCCUAGCAUGUCCCUGUGGCGUCUCAAAAAAAAGUUUCAUCGUCCCGUCAUUGUUUCUGAUGUCUUUCUGACCUCACAUCAUAUUUGGUUCUCCUACUGACCUUUGAUCUAGUUUGACCUUUGAAAUUUGCAUGUGACCUCAUCUAGCUAUGAAUUCUGGGAAGUCAAUGUGAAAAACAUUGCUGCAUUCAUGCAAGACUGAAAUUUAUUAUUAGACAAAUUCAUUAUAGAAAAAACCUGUGGCAAAAACGUUUCUUUCUUAUUUUUUUUCUUUUCCUAAAACAGACUUGAAAGUAUUAUACAGGGAUUGGCAUUCUUCCCGGUCACUGGUAACAAUAGCAAUAUGUGUCCAGGGACACAGAAUGUUGGUUUCUAACAGACUACUUCCAAAAACAGUUUGAGAAAAAAACUGUCUGAUUUUAAGUCUCUAGAGGUCUGUAAUAGUUUUUACAUUUUUCAGGCAGUGUAAAGUUUUUUGAUAAGGCCAUUUUAGGUGGCUCACUUUCUCAUUAAGAUAUAUAUAUAGAACCACUUUUUGUAGAUUAGUAUAAGAAAAAUAUUUACCCUGUUUUGGGGCAAAUGCUACCUAUUUGUGUCACCUUUUGCUGAACUCACAGUUAGACAAUCCAUGGUUUAAUGCACAUGAAAUUACCUAUAUUUUAUACUGUUUCAAUGUACAGGAGAAAGGUUACUGUAAACUGUGUUAUGUUGGUGCUUCUGUGAAUUAAGUUGUGGUUUCAUCAUGAGUCUUAAUGUUCUUUGUUGAUAAGACAAGUUUAGAAUUGGUUUACUUAAUACAAAAAAAAAGAAUUUCAAAAAAAAAAGUUGUUUGCUUAAAAAAAAUUUCAUGUGAGGGAAAAAAAAAAAAACCUAUUCCAGAAUAAGUUUUGUGUUGGCUUGUGAAGCAUUGAUGUCAUUUUUUUUAAUUGUGGACUAUUUAGAUGUGUUUGUGUUCAGCAAAAUGUGAUCUGUUUUUUUUCUUUUAAAGAAAAAAAAGUGAAAAUAUAUAGUGCCAAAUUCCAAAGGUACUUCCUUCCUAGAGCUUCAGUGUGUUUCUUGUGAGAAGUAAUUUGAUAACAUGGGUAUUUUAUUAUGUGUUUUGUAUAAAUCCCUAAUAUUUAAAAAAAAAAAACAAAACAAAAAAAGGUUAAAAAGUUUGUUAACUUGCUAUCCUGUGGUCUUGUUGCCUGAAAUUGUUAUUGUUUGUUAUUUCUCUCUGAUGUUUUUUGUAAGACAUUGUAUAAGUGCCCAUGUCCCACUUUUUUAACCACUCCGCACAUCAGUGCUGUGAAGGCAACCUCACCAUGUAUUUUCUUCAUAAUCUGUGGAAACCUCUAAGGUGAGAAAGUUUUGAACUUUUAACCCUUUCUACCCAGAGCUAUCUGGAAUGUUGAUGACUUUUUAUACUGUCAUGAUUUGAGUGAGUUUGUUUUGGGGUGUUUCCAGUUUAGAUUUUUUUCCCUGCAUCCAUCCUCUAAGUUGUUUCGGUUUGACUACUUUGUUCUUUGGUUAAGAUCCAAAAGAAAACAAUUCCACGAGGCCAAUCUAAAGGGAAAAAAUCCUACACUACUUUUGAUUAUUUCUCAUUUUUGGGAAAAGAAUUCCUAAUGUGCUACUAGAAUUCCUUCUUCAGUUUUUAACGAGUAAUUGGAUAAACCCUGAGGGAAAACGGAGGUAGAUUGAGCACCUAACAAUCCUGUGUGCUUUUGAGAUCACGUUAGUGCUAUGUCCUAGUCUGGAAUAUUUUCAUAUACCUUGCAGUAAAACAACUUUGUGGCAGGAUAGUCUCUUGAGGGGUUUUGUUUCUGUUUCUGAAAUACUCCUAAAUAGUAUUUCUAAUCAGCCAUAUGCCGGGGCAUCUCCGACCCCGGUAGGUACCUCUGAAUAUACCAGGUAUCUGGAGUUAGAAGCCCAUAGCCCUUUCCCAGCCUUUGUGGUUUUUUAAUUGAAUACAUUUCAUCUAAGUAAAGCUCAGUUCUUUAUCACAAUUUACUGACCAAAUACCUAGCACCAGUUCCUGCUGCCACUUUUUAAAGUGCCAUAUGACUUUCUAUGAACAGGUACCUUGCUGUCUUGACAAAUCCUAAUGUCACGCCUACAGCCCCAACACAAGCUCCAGCCUUCCUCUUCGGCAUGCCCUGGAAGCUUCUUGGCCUCAGCUCCCCUUCCCCGCUCAGCACCCUGUUAGGAUCAGUGUGUGUGGAUGGGAUAGCCCUGGGAUGGAAAGGACUAGCCUCUACUGAUGCAAAAAAAAAAACAAAAAGCAACACAAACGUUUCCUUCUUAUAGCACAUGCAUUUACAAUGACAUGAUUUGUAUUAUCCUCACAUGUGUUUACUACUGCUGGGGCCUUCCUUCAUCCUCUGAGGGCUAUUUUGUACUUCCUGCAGCAAUCAGCUUAAUAACAACAGUUAUUGCACCUGUCUCUCUCUCAGAACACAGUGUGUCUCGACACAUAUGUGGAAACACAGAGCCCACCACUUGAAUUUCUAAGACCAUUUCAUUCUGAAACUUCUUAUCAAUUACCUAAAUCUCAACGAAAAACAACUUUGAUUUCUUUACUGAAGCCGACUCCCCUCCCCAUGUCCCUCUCAACCCACCUGCAUGCAUCUCCCCCAGAGGAAACACUGAGGGUAGGGGACAGGAGGCUCAGGACAUGCCCUCUGAAUCGAGUGUUUCUUCUUCACAAGUCACCAAGAGAGGACAUGAGGGGGAAAGUCCUUUGUUGCCCUUCUCCAAAAAAUAACCUUCCACAGAGACAAACUGUCCUUCUAUCCACUUUUAUCUUUUAAUAUCAAAAGGAAAAAGCUGCAAGGGUGCAAAGGGCCUGUGCCAGAAGAAAACACAGGUAAACCGCUUUUUUUAAUCAAGUGUAGAGAAUAGUCAUUUUUAAUCUAAAUUAGAGAAUUGUGAUGCAAUGGCAGUCCUCAAAGGCGUAACGAGUUCAUCUUUCUUUCACCAUAGGGGUUAUAGUUGGCUUGUGCUACUCUGGAAUCAUUUUACUGUUUGUUUUUAUUAUCUUAAGUGCUAAUUAAAAAAAAUAAAAUUUUAAAAAAACCUGUAGUUUCAUUACCUUUUUGAAUAAUGUCAUACAAAAAAAUGUAUUUGUUUUUUUGUGCUGUGAGAAUUGAUGUUUGUAGAUUAAUAAUCACUUUGUUUAGAAUUACAAAAUAGUUUUUAAAUAUUGUCUGAGAAAAGCCAAAGUUAAUGCAACCUAGUGGAAACUGUAAGACCAUUUGAGUAUUGUUUGUUUUAUUGAUGCAUUUGGAUUUUGUUGUUUGAUGGAAUUUGAGCCAAAAAAAAAUACGCAGGCUUUCCUAUUUCUACAACUGAUUGUACUUAUGCAUUUUGUACCAGUGGAACUUUUUAUACUGGAGAUUAAAAAAAAAUGGAAAUUUUUGUGGCUUGCUCUGAUGGGCCCCUGACAAUGACUGAUUUCAAGUUUGAUUUCGGGUUGAAAGAAAGAAAGUUGCUUUUCUUUUGAGAAUUAAAAACUUUGGCUUGAUUUCUUUUUUCCCUUUGCUUAUAUCUAGCAUUAGAAUUUUGUCUUAAAAUAACAGCGGUAAGUUUCACUUUUUAUUCUGUAUUGUGCAGUUACACAAUAAGGUAAUUAGAUUUAGAAGUAUUCAGUCACUUUAAGUGGAUAAAUGUAUUAGUUAAAACUUUAGGGUUUGCUUUUUUGCUGUUUAGAUCAAAGUUUUUUCUGAUUCUUCUGUCCUCAUUGUGAACAUAACCGUGUAGUUGAAACAGUCAGACUUAUUUUUGUAAUGUAUGUUAUUGUGUGAUGCAGUUUUUUGCUUCUGUCUCCAAUAUUAAACCAUUUUCCUAAUACUUGUUUCUCUCUCUGCGUGUUGUAUUGUUGGUAGUCAUUAUAUGUUGGUGAUACAUCUGCACACCUCACUGUUUCACGUAUCUGUUUUUUUCUCUAUGUUGUGUAAAAAGAUACAGUCGAUUCCACUUAAGUGAAUAUCUGAUUUGGGAAAGAGGAAACUGCACACCAGCCACCUUUGAUUUAUGUACAACCGCCCACUUGAACUCCUGCUUCCAAGAUUUAUACACGUUUUUCCUAAGGUUCACCUCAGUAACUGCCUUUGGGGUUGGAUUUGCCAAGGUGUUUUACGGUCUUUUGACCACACAGGUUAAUUUCCCCCUUCUCUCCCCUCCCUCAUGAGUCUGUCACGCAGUUCUUAACAUACAUUCCAAACUGCUGUGGGGAUUUCCUCUCCACACCCACGAGGCCAAACCUGCAUCAUUACAGUCCACCUCUUCUUAGACACUAAUCACCUUUCUAAAAGAGGUGAGUUCUCCAGAGAAGAAAAAUCAACUUAGCUGGUGAAAAGGGUUAAACUUAAGUCUAUUUGUUGCCAUCAAUCAAAAGAUAUGUAUAGAAAAGUCAUUUAAAUUAUUUAUUUCUACAAGCUAAUUGAAUCCAGGAGCAGCUUUAAUUAUUAACACUAACGGAAGAGAAGAGAAGUAUUUCCAAGGGCUCAAAUGGAAGCUGUACUCAGUCCGGUGGAGGCAGGGGGAGGUAAAGUUAAGUUUCUCACUCAAGUCGUCUUCAUAGUUUACUGUCCUUUUCCAAACAAAAGCUAAUAACGCCAUACGCAUCCACACACUCCCUCCUGGAUGAACCUAAGUCUCGUGCCCACUGUCACCCCAAGGCCAGUUAUCAAAAACUGUUCCUUCUCUGCCCUCAAAGACUGAAGCCGCAGGCCCUGUUCUGCCUCUGCUCAGGAAUCUGAUUGCUCUUAAAGUGCUCUUACAAGAUUCCGUCGAUGUUUGCUCCCUCUGUCUUAUCUCUCCUUCCAGUAUUUUCAGACGCACAAGCUCUGACUCAGGCCACCCAGCACCUGGCAGCCUUCCUCUGGGUGCCAGUGAAAUCUCUCCCAGUAGGUGCUCAGGAUCUUCACCCUCUCGUUGCAGCAGCCCCUCUGGCCCGAGAUUGUAUUUUCUAGUCUGCUCAACAACAGAGGGGCCUGGCGAGGUGGAGGAAGGGAGGCUCCCUCCCCGGGGCUGGCUGCCUCAGUGAUAGUGAUGCCACCAGCUCCAGCCUGCACGGAUGGAGCUCGCUUCCUGCCACCACUUCUGCUUUCAGUCUCCUCAUAGCCUUCGGCAGUCUCCUCUGAAAACACUGCCUACAUUAGUGGGAAAGGAUGGCUAAGGGCGUGAUUUCUUUUUAUUAGGGAGGUGGGAGGGGGAUGUUGGGAGGCAUGGGGGGUGAUUAAAUUAUCAUUUCCAAGGUGCAAGUGUUUAUUUUUCAAAUCUAUAAGUACACAGAUCCACCAUUUUGGCACAAGACAAAAUACUCAUGCUAAGCAAAGGAAGAGAAAGACAAAGCCAGUUUUUGUUGCUUUUUUAAAGCAACAAAUAAUUCUCCAAAGAAGGGGAUGAAAAUGCUAGUUCCUUUAAGCACUUAUGACUGUAAAGUUGGUCCCUGCUUAAAUUCAUACCCAUAUUUUUGAGUCGGUAUGACACCGCUGCAGUGUGAGCAAGGUGAAUCCGUGUGCCAUGCAUGGACCACCUUGGGAUACCGCAGCACCAUCAACAUCCGCCUUGCUGAUGGAAGCCACACACGCUGCCCAGCCCACAGCAGUUGCACGCAGCCGAUGGGCUCGGACUCUUAGCUGGCAGGCUAGGACACACAGUGAACAUUAAUGUACUGUGAAUCGUUCCUGAUAAGUGAAUAAAACAUUGUGACCAAACAAUCAGCUUAUUCACUUAUCAGGAAUCGACUGUUCUGCUAAUUUGCUGUUGUUGUUUUUCAUCUCUGUUGUAGUUCACUAUUUUUGCUGUGUUCUGUUUUCUCCUCUCAUGCUUGGGCAAAUCACUGGGAAUAUUAUCUUCAUGUGACCAUGAAACGUUUCUAUUGAGUGAAAAUGAUAUCUUAACAAAAUCUAUGCACUUGCUAUCAGGAACACAAUACUGGAUGUGUCUUAUAUAUAUUGAACUAUAUAGUACUCGAUUUCUUAAAUAAAGCUUAAGAAAGGA